AUGUUUCGACGACAAGCACGUUUGCGCGCUGAAUACAUUUACAGAAAAACCGUCGAAAAGAAGCAACGAAUUGAGGAUGAAAAGAGGCGACGAGUUCGCUCCGCGAUUGAAGAUAAUAGGCCAAUUCCCACUGAAUUGAGGAAAGAUGCCAUUAAUCUGCAAAAAGAAGCUCAGUGGGGCGGUAGACUAUUUUAUGAUGAAUAUAGAUGGGCAGGCACUGCCGAUCCAAAAAUUGUUAUUACAACUAGUCGAUUGCCGUCUGCUACACUAAAAGUUUUUGCCAAGGAAAUGCGACUUAUGUUUCCCAAUGCACAGCGGAUGAAUCGUGGUCAUUAUGAUAUAAAACACCUCAUUGAAGCUUGUCGAGCAAAUGAUGUCACGGAUGUGAUUGUACUCCAAGAGACUUUGGGGAAACCUGACUGCAUGAUUGUUUGUCAUCUUCCUCUUGGGCCAACAGCUUAUUUUAACAUCUCUAAUGUCGUCAUGAGGCACGAUACGCCUGGAAAAAUUCCUGUUUCCGAAGAGUACCCGCAUCUUCUAUUUUUUAAUCUUACGACAAACCUUGGGAAAAGAGUAACAAAUAUCUUGAAAUACCUUUACCCUGUUCCAAAGCCGACCAGUCGCCGUAUAAUAACUUUCAGCAAUGAAGAAGACUUUAUCAGUUUUCGUCAUCAUACCUACAGAAAAGGAGAAACGGGUGAAAUUGAGCUGACAGAAAUUGGACCGCGUUUUGAAUUGAUGCCUUUCCGAAUCAUAUUAGGAACUCUUGAACAGUUAGGAGUAGCUCAGGUAGAAUGGGAGUUAAAAUCAUUUUUGAAUACUGCAAGCAAGCGUCAGCUGUUAGCUCUUCCUGCGGAAGAGGAAGACGAGGAAUAG